AUGGGGUGGAAGGAGGGGAAGGGCCUUGGGAAACAGGAGACGGGUGUCGUGGAGCCCGUCAGAGCGGGUGUGGAUGCGGGAGUGCGGCUGGGUCUGGGAAAGCAGGAGGAGGACGACCUCCACACCAGCGAGGCGACAGCAGCUCGAAGGCGACUGGAGAUAGAGGUGGCGGCUGAAGAAGACGAGGCGGCGGCCAGGAAGCGGGAGGCGGUGGCGGAGGUGCUGCAGAAGCGUGCCGAGGAUGUGAAAGAGAUGUUGCAGACGUUUUACUGCGAGGUAUGCGACAAGCAGUACAGUACCGCCAAGCAGCUAGAGGAGCAUCUCUCGUCGUACGACCACCAUCACCGUAAGCGGCUCGCGGAGACGAAGGCCGCCAUGGCGGAACGCAACCGGGGAGAUCGCCAGCGGAGGGAGCAGAAGGUCGCGGAUAAAGAGAUGGCGCGACUGCAGAAACAAAUAGAGGCGGCGCAGCAACGGAUUCGCCAGCAACAGCCGCCGCUGCCACCGGACGAGCCGCCGCCACCUCUGCCGCCGCCGCUGGAGGCGGUGUCAUCGCCGCCGCCGCUGCCACCGCAGGAGGCGGCGGAGGCACCGCCUCUAGGCAGUACCAGUGGCGGUGGCGGAUCCGCCGCCGCCGCCGCCUCUGCUGCCUCCGCGGGGUCUUGCGGCGGCGGCGGCGGCUCUAUGGCCCCGCUAGGGGGCCUAGGCGGGAUUAGCUUCGGCCUGGGGGGGAGGGGCGCUGGUUCAGGGGGCCGGGUUGGAGCUCUCGCACGGGGGGGUCUGAAGCGGCCGGGGGGGGCUCUGGGGCUGUUAGGGCGGCCAGCGAAGGGUGGCGGUACUGGGGGGGGAGCUGUGGCCGCUGGUUUCGGCCUGGACUCGGACGAUGAGGAGGAGGGGGCGGGGGCGGGUUCAUGA